GGAGCGGCAGAGCGGCCGUGCGGGCGCUGGGGUCCGGAGCGCGAGCUGCGGCCAGGGCAGGACGAGCGCGGCAGAUAUAAAGACCUGAAGAUAGUCUUUCCUGUCCAAAGAUGGAAAACAGUACCACUACCAUUUCUCGGGAGGAGCUGGAAGAGCUACAAGAAGCAUUUAAUAAAAUAGAUAUUGACAAUAGUGGGUAUGUCAGUGACUAUGAACUUCAGGACCUGUUUAAGGAAGCAAACCUUCCUCUGCCUGGCUACAAGGUGCGCGAGAUUGUGGAGAAAAUUCUAGCAGUUGCUGACAGCAACAAAGAUGGCAAAAUCAGUUUUGAAGAGUUCGUGUCACUAAUGCAAGAGUUAAAAAGCAAAGACAUCAGCAAAACUUUCCGAAAAAUAAUUAACAAGAGGGAAGGGAUUACUGCUAUUGGAGGAACUUCGUCCAUCUCCAGUGAGGGCACACAGCAUUCUUAUUCAGAGGAAGAAAAAGUGGCUUUUGUUAACUGGAUAAACAAAGCCCUGGAGAAUGACCCUGACUGCAAGCAUCUCAUCCCCAUGGAUCCCGAUGAUGGCAGUCUUUUCAAGUCGCUUGCAGAUGGCAUCCUUCUGUGCAAAAUGAUCAACUUAUCCGAACCAGAUACAAUUGAUGAAAGAGCCAUUAAUAAGAAAAAGCUCACCCCUUUCACUAUUUCAGAAAAUUUAAACCUGGCCCUGAAUUCGGCCUCAGCCAUUGGUUGUACAGUGGUCAACAUUGGUGCACAGGAUCUCAAAGAAGGAAAACCUCACUUGGUCUUGGGACUUCUCUGGCAGAUCAUCAAAGUUGGUCUUUUUGCUGAUAUUGAGAUUUCCAGGAAUGAAGCUCUGAUUGCAUUGCUAAAAGAAGGUGAGGACCUCGAAGGACUGAUGAAGCUUUCUCCAGAGGAAUUACUGCUGCAGUGGGUGAACUACCAUCUGACCAAUGCCGGAUGGCCUACCAUCAGCAACUUCAGCCAAGACAUUAAGGAUUCAAGAGCAUAUUUUCAUCUGCUUAAUCAGAUUGCACCUAAAGGUGACCGGGAUGGUGAACCCGCCAUUGCCAUUGACCUUUCAGGAUUUAAUGAGAGAAAUGACUUAAAGCGUGCUGAAUUCAUGCUUCGAGAAGCAGAUAAACUGGGCUGCAGACAGUUUGUUACUCCUGCAGACGUGGUUUCAGGCAAUCCUAAACUCAAUUUAGCUUUUGUAGCUAAUCUGUUUAACACAUACCCAGGCCUACACAAGCCUGAUAAUAGUGACAUCGAUAUAAAUUUAUUGGAAGGAGAGAGCAAGGAAGAGAGGACAUUUCGGAACUGGAUGAAUUCCUUGGGCGUCAACCCAUACAUUAAUCAUUUAUACAGUGACCUUGCAGAUGCUUUAGUGAUCUUUCAGCUCUAUGAAAUGAUCCGCGUGCCAGUCAACUGGAGCCAAGUCAACAAACCUCCUUAUCCUGCUCUUGGAGGGAACAUGAAGAAGAUUGAAAACUGUAACUAUGCAGUGGAACUGGGGAAGAAUAAGGCCAAAUUCUCCUUGGUUGGCAUCGGUGGGCAGGACCUAAAUGAAGGGAAUGCAACACUUACUCUGGCAUUGAUAUGGCAGCUGAUGAGAAGGUACACACUGAAUGUGUUAUCGGAUCUCGGAGAGGGUGAAAAAGUAAAUGAUGAAAUUAUUAUUAGAUGGGUCAAUCAGACUCUUAAAAAUGCACGCAAAAAUACUUCUAUUUCCAGCUUCAAGGACAAAUCUAUUAGCACUAGUUUACCUGUCCUAGAUUUAAUAGAUGCCAUUGCACCAAAUGCAGUUCGUCAAGAAAUGAUCAAGAGAGAAGACCUUUCUGAUGAGGACAAGCUGAACAAUGCUAAAUAUGCCAUUUCAGUUGCUCGAAAAAUCGGUGCCCGGAUAUAUGCCUUACCUGAUGACCUCGUAGAAGUGAAACCAAAGAUGGUUAUGACGGUGUUUGCAUGCUUAAUGGGAAAAGGAAUGAACAGAAUAAAAUAAUGAAACAUUUAAUAUGAUUUUUCUGCCACAUUAAACACAUUGAAUGCCUCACAGUUUACAGAAUUCUGAAAUGUAGUGGGUAUAAAACCAGAGAUUAUUUGUAUGCUCAAAAUAGUUAUAUAAUUCAUUAAUGAAUUCAGUAUCCUGUUCCUACUAGUUAGAAUUUCUCGACCUUUUUGGAAAACACAAUUAAUUUACCAGUCGAUACUGAUAAUAGAAUAUGUUCAUUAUCAAGCUGAUAUUUCAUGAUUAAAUUAUUUUUGCUUCCUGAAAGGCUCAUUUAAAACAAGACUGAUUCAUUCUUUUUCAUGGUUCACAAAAGGUUGAUACAAAAAAAUUUUUGCAGGUUCUGCUGUGAAAUGUGUUUUGAUUAUUUUGUGUGUGUUAAUUUUGAUCAUAAAUGUAUUCAAAGUCAUUAUCUAGUUUAAUCCUUUUUUUCCCUUCAACUAUGUGAAGUGGUCUAAAACUUUAAUUUUUCGGUAAAUUUCUAUAUUGUCAAAUUUUUAAGUGACAAGUAUUGUGCAUUGACAUUAAACUUUUUUAUAGGUGACAACUAAUUCUUGAAUAAAUCCCAAAGUCAUUCUUUUGUAAAGCAGGAGCUUUUCACUUAAAACUUAAUUUAAACUGCAUUGAUACUUUACAUAUGCUAGUUUGGUAAUACAGCUUUAACUAUGACAUGCAGCAUAUAUACGUUGGUAGGAUGUUAUUAAAGAAAUAUCUCUGUAUGUAUAUAUAGUUUGCACCUGACUUACUCAGGUUUUCUUAAAUGGUACAUAUAAUUGGUCAGUCAGCCAACCAUUAAGUAUUUAUUGUGCCUCCAUUAUGUGUGUAACACUUCUCAGUUAGUAGAUAUCUGGUACAUCAAGAUUUCUUUUAGAAAUAUUCAUUUUGGAUGUGCAUAUAGUUAUUUUUCACCUGACUUCUUCCAAAUAUUUAUAGUCAAACAUUGGCUAGAGCAUCUCAAGACAUGUUGACACUAUACUGUUAGCUUCAUAUUACACAUGCUAAUUUUGAUCUAUAUUGAAGCCCUAAAUAAUUUAGAAUAUGCCCACUGAAUACCUUUAGUAGAAAGUAACACAAAGCUAAUAUUCAACAUAGAGUAUUUUCGUGUUUUUUCCACAGCCUCCUACAAAUUGGCAAUGUUUGGUUAAUGCUUGUGUUACUUGGGAAUAGCUAAUCUUCAGACCUAUUUUUGUCUGAAUUUUUAGCAGUAGACCAAUUCUGCUAACAAUUGAAUUCAGAAAUCUACUUCCUCCAUCUUCCACUGUUAGUGCCAGUGAGCAAUACUGCUGUGCAACCAGAAUGCUGUCACUUUAUCUCAGUGUGAAUAAGUAGUCUAAAUCUCCUUUCUACCAUCUAUUAAAACAUACAUAUUGGUAAGAGUGAGACUUCUCAUGUGUUUAGAAUAGAAUUUUUUAGAUGAAAUCAUCAACAGGUGGAAUUUUGAAAUAUAUUCUUCUACAAAAGAGAUUUUCUUCCCUUUUAUAUUUUGAUGAUUGUUUUCUUAUAUGAAGAUUAAGAUAUGUUCUUGCUCUUUUGUGAGAUUAUUUAAAUCAUGCUUCCCCUUUUGAUUUUUUCCCCAUUAUAUUUACUAAGUUAUCUGAUUUACAUGAAAUAUGGCACUUGAGUGUUAUUUUUCUCACAAAAUAUAUUUAAUAAAAAUUCUGUGUAUGUA